CUCCACAGACCCAUGCGCGUUGCUCACCCACACCAAUUCCGUUUCCUCACAAUCGUAACCAACCGCUUCCUCUCUUCUCUCUCUAAACCUCGCCGACCUUCUCUGCUACCUCAAACCCUAGCAAUGGCCUCCGACGACCUCUCCUCCUUGCCUCCCGCCGACGACGAGAAGUACGGCUUCCAGAGGCCGGAGAUGUUCACCAUCAAGCUCGCCGGCACCGUCGACGCCUACGAUCGCCACGUCUUCCUCUGCUACAAGAGCCCCGAGGCCUGGCCGGCUCGCGUCGAAGGCUCCGAGUCCGAUCCGCUCCCCAAGUUCCUCUCGUCGGCAUUCAAGGCCAGGAAGAACGAUAUCUCCGUCAAGACGAAGCUGACUGUGUGUGAAGGACGCGAAGGAACUGACUUCGCUGACGGUGACGUGUUGAUUUUCCCGGAUAUGAUCAAAUACAGGGGCUUGAAAGAGUCAGAUGUUGAUAGUUUUGUGGAUGAUGUUAUCGUGAAUGGUAAAGCAUGGGCAUCUGGAGCUCAGGAGGUCUUGACUGGUUCUCAUGUAUUUGUGUGCGCCCAUGGUAGUCGAGAUCGUAGAUGUGGUGUUUGUGGACCUGUUCUCAUUGAUAAAUUCAUAGAGGAAGCUGAAUUGCGAGGAAUGAAGGAUAAGGUGUUUGUUAGUCCAUGUUCUCACAUUGGGGGCCACAAGUAUGCUGGGAACUUGAUUAUCUACAGCCCUGGUGCAGAUGGAAUGAUCACUGGUCACUGGUAUGGCUAUGUCGCUCCUGAUGAUGUACCAGAAUUGCUUGAUGAGCAUAUUGGGAAAGGGCAGAUUAUAGAACGACUGUGGAGAGGCCAAAUGGGAGUAUCUACUGAGGAAAUUGAAAAGGCGAAUGAACACAAGGUUCCAAAUGGAGAAAGUGAAAAACUUAAGGAUCAGAAGCUUCCAAAUGGAGAGGAUUCUAAGAAAAGCGAGGAAAAGCCGCAAGAGAACUUUGCUGGUUGUUGCCAGGGUGCUAAUGGAGUCUCAUGCUGCAGAGAUGGAAGUUUGGAGCAGACCAGUGGAAUCGAGGAAAAGAAGCAGAAAGAAACCACUGAGGCUACUAGUGGCAAAAAGGAUGGAUUGGCAUGCAAACUGACAAGCUGCAUUGGAAAAUGGGAGCAAAGUGAUAUUCUUGCUGCUGUUGCGGUGGUGGGAGCUGUGGCAACUGUGGGUGUUGCAGUCUAUAGCUUUCACAGAAGGUCAGGGUGAAAUAUAUUCCACGUUCAUGUUUGAUCGUGAAAGUGUAUUUCAUUUUCCUCGAUAGAAUUCACAUUAUGACAUCAAUCAAAUAAUUCUCUAAAACCUGCACUUACUGAAAGGAGAAUAUUAAUGUUCUUUUUAGGCGGGUGGGAUGAAAUCCCAAGGUUAAGUCAUAGUUAUAAAAAUAUUCACUGUCGCCUUCUCUAGAUGUUUUGUGCACGCAAUUUAUAUUUGUUUCUAUGAACUGGUGAAUGGUACUCUUAUAGUGGAUUUUACUCAUU